GUAUGGCAAUAGGCACCUGAUAUCAUUAGGCACCUGAAGCAUUUCGUUAAAAUAGCUUUGAAAUUUAUCUUAUCAGUGAACUCGUUGGCAUUAACACAUAUCGUCAUUCGGCGAUGAAGUGUGCGAGCGUCGACGAAUCCACAGAAUCCACGGAAAGUUUGCUGGGCGAUAGCGGAAUCGCGAGAGCACGCGGCUCGGGUGACAGGGGCCUCAGAAAUCGACGGGAGUUCGUCAAGAUGACCGGUCAGUUGCAGUGUCUUUUGGCGUUCGCGACGCUGCUCAGUUUAAUUUACGGCGUGCAAUUGGCCAUCAGCGACGCCGCCGGUUACAAAGUGCCGUUGGAAGAGAAAUUGAAAGUAUUCCGAUUUAACGAAUCCGAUUCCGAUGAAGUAUGGACGUACGACUGCUCGAACAAGCGAUGCGAGCGGAGGGAACUGCGGGAGAACGAGCGGCCUUUGCCGCUGAUCGAAUGCAAUAUGUUGUGCGACACUCCUUCGUUGUGGCCCAAGCCCAAAUCCGUGACGGUAACCGAAAGAAAACUGUCGACUUUCGCCAAGAACAGCGUAUUGACGAAACUCAACGCGCCGAAAAGCGUGGAGAAAGAUCUCCGGGAAGCUUUGAGCAUCUUCGCGAACAAUCUGCCGCAUGAUCAAUCCGAGAACGACGUCGAAUUGGACAAUAUCAGCGUAAAUAUCAAAGUAACGAGCGAUGUCAGAACAAUUCAACUAAACACCGACGAAAGUUACAAGCUUGCUGUUAGUAAAAAAGGUAACAUCGUGGUCGCUGAUAUCGUCGCUCCGACUUACUUCGGCGCUCGACACGCUUUGGAAACCUUAAGUCAGUUGGUAAUCUACGACGAAUCGUCGAAAAAUUUGAAAAUCUACCACGACGUAGAGAUCGUCGACAAGCCGGCGUUCCCUCACAGGGGCUUAAUGGUGGACACCUCCAGGAAUUUCAUUCCGAUGAAACAACUACAGCGAAUCGUAGACGGAAUGGCCAUGAACAAACUCAACGUUUUCCACCUGCAUUUAACCGACGACGUUAGUUUUCCUAUAGUACUACCAAGGAAUCCUUGGCUAGCGAAAUACGGAGCCUACAGCCCUUCUUCCACAUACUUUCCAGACGAUAUCAAAGGUUUGAUAGAACACGCCAGGAUCAGAGGCGUCAGGGUGAUCCUGGAGAUCGACGCGCCGAGCCACGCGAACGCCGGCUGGAGCCACGGCAACACCGACAAAGACCAGAUAAUCAUUUGCGGCGACGAAGACGUCUUCAACGGGCACCUGAACCCCGACAGCAAGCCGGCGCAGAACCUCCUCGGCAGCGUCUAUUCGGAUCUCCUAGACCUGGGCACCGACAACGAAACCUUCCACAUCGGCGGCGACGAAGUGAACAUCGAUUGCCUGGCUCGCACUAAAAGCGCGAGCAACUUCAGCGACACCUACGACUUUUGGGCUCACUACGUCAACGAUAUCUUCAAAACCGUGCAGAAGGCGUUCCGCGAUAAACCACCGGAGAAUAUCGUCAUUUGGUCCAGUCCGCUCACCGACAGAAAAAUCGAUUCGCUGAGUUACGCCAAGAACCUAAUAGUGCAGUACUGGUACGGCAACUUGGAUUCGAUCGUGAACAACGGCAACAAAGUAAUCGUCUCGACGGUGGGAAGAUGGUACUUGGACUGCGGUUUCGGGUCGUGGAAGGCGUCGCAGACGCGAGGCGUCUGCGAUCCCUACACCCCCUGGCAGACGUUCUACGACUACAGGCCGUGGGGCGACUACCGCGGCAGGAGGCAGCAGUUCCUGGGCGGCGAGGCUUGCCUGUGGACGGAGCAAGUGGGGGUGCACACCGUCGAGAGCAGGAUAUGGCCCAGAGGGGCGGCGUUCGCCGAGCGAAUUUGGAGCGAUCCUCCUGCGAAGGAUCUGAACGAUUUGGUGAAGAGACUGGCCGAUCAGUCGCGGAGGAUGUUGAGCAGGGGAUUCGGCGUGGCUGCUAUUUGGCCCGAAUGGUGCACUCUUAAUCCCGGAAAAUGCAUGUAAUUCAAGGCGAUUCGAUUAGACAAUGACAAUGACUGUAAACGAGAUGACUUUUUUAAGAAAUAAAGCUUUAUUUUUAUUUUGUAGUACUACCAAUAUUAUACCAGAUUUGAUUGCUGUGAA